GCUAAGUUCUUCUGUCUUCCGUUUAGUAAUACUAAUCGUUCUAUGUUCUUUACAGCGAUGUAAUGCCAGAUUCCAACAUGAUUUCGAGUACAGCUUUAAUAUGUCAGCAGCGGACACGGUAUUUUCACCGUCAAAUUUCAUCUGUUCGUUUAAACGUACUCAUUUCACAGAAGUUCGACAAUGUCUAGCUGAUGUGGAACCAAUCACAUUUUUAAAGUGCGAUCAUCUAUGCCAUAAUGAAGUGGGAAAACGAAGUAUCCCCGAAAACUUACGUUAUGUUAAUCGAUGUCUUUUUUUGCAGCUGUUCCUAUCGUCCGAUCUUGAUCAAUACGAAAAAGAAUUGAGUAUUUUGUGCUCAUUUCAGGCCUGCUAUUUACAGUGUAUGAUACCAAUUGUGGAUGAGGUUUGCGUGUCAGGACUGAGUGCACGGACCAUCGAACUGGUUCGUUCGUUCGUGCAAUGGCAUGCUACCGACAUCACUGACUGGCAUGCGGUGGCUGGACACUUUGACGAACUGCCGGAAAGUUGCCGUAAGAUCGCUGGUGCUACGGUACAACCCGAUCCUAUCCUACAGCUAAUCAGUCGUGCGUGA